CAUGUGACUCUCUGCUGUAAACACAGACUGUCAUGUGACCGCAGCCGGAGAAGGAAGCCUGAAUCUCGGCGUCAUGUCUGAACGGACCCCGCUGCUGCAUUACCGGCUCUCGGCGAGCGGGCACGAGCCCGGAGAGCCUCGGGAGCACCGGCAGACCACGAGCGCCGGCCAUGAAGAGCCGGACACACGGAGCCGGAGACCCGGAGCCCGGAAUCCCGCCGCCGCGCAGCCGCCCAAACUCAACACUUUCUUCGGCGUGGUGAUCCCGACACUGCUGUCUAUGUUCAGCGUGGUGGUGUUCCUGAGGAUAGGGUUUGUGGUGGGUCAGUGUGGUCUGUAUCAGACUAUAGCGAUGCUGCUGGUGGCGUAUUUCAUCAUCAGUAUGACGGUUCUGUCUGUCUGCGCCAUUUCCACCAAUGGAGCGCUGGACGCUGGAGGAGCCUACUACAUGAUCAGUCGAGCUCUCGGGCCGGAGUUCGGCGGCAGCAUCGGCAUCAUGUUUUUCCUGGCAAAUGUGUGCGGCAGCGCCCUCUAUGUGCUGGGGCUGGUGGAGGCCGUGCUCACCACAUUCGGCCUUCCUGAUGAUGGUUCACUGUCCAUGUCCCGCUCUGCAGUCCUCCCGGUCGGCUACUGGUGGUCUCUGCUGUACGGGACGGUGAUCCUGCUGCUGUGUGUGCUGGUGUGUCUGGUCGGAGCUCAUAUCUAUGCUAAAGCCACCUUCCUGAUCUUCAUCAUCGUGAUGGUGGUUCUGGGCACCAUCUUCAUCAGCUUCUUCGCUGUGCCCUUCAGGACGGUCCAGCUGCCCGGCUCAAACUCCACCAUCGGCCCCAGCAGAGCCAACUUCACUGGCUUCAAGCUGGACACGCUCACCGGGAACCUGCAGGCGGACUACACGCUGGACUACACCACUAAAGCGAUGAUGUCGUUUGCGACGGUGUUUGCAGUGAUGUUUAACGGAUGCACAGGAAUCAUGGCGGGAUCCAACAUGUCCGGUGAUCUGAAGAAUCCCAGUUACUCAAUUCCUCGAGGUACGAUCACAGCCGUCAUCUUCACCUUCAUCAUCUACAACCUGCUGAGCUUACUGAUCUCCUGCACCUGUGACAGGAUCCUGCUGCAGAAGGACUAUGGUUUCCUGCGGGACAUUAACGUGUGGGGUCCGUUCGUUACCGUCGGGGUUUAUUCCUCCACGCUGUCAGCAGCCAUGAGUAACCUGAUCGGGGCUUCACGAAUACUGUUCGCCCUCGCCAAAGACGACCUGUUCGGAAGAGUUCUGUCUCCAGCUAAACGCACCUCUGCCAGUGGGAACCCCUGGGUGUCUGUGCUGAUCUCCUGGUUCCUGGUGCAGCUGGUGCUGUUCUCCGGGAAGCUGAACACCAUCGCCAGUAUCGUCACCAUCUUCUUCCUGCUGGUGUACGCCGCUGUGGAUCUGGCCUGUCUGGCUCUGGAGUGGGCCUCCGCUCCCAACUUCAGGCCGACGUUCAGGUAUUUCACCUGGCACACGUGUGUUCUGGGCAUCAUUGGCUGUGCAGUGAUGAUGUUCCUGAUUAACGCCAUCUACGCCUCCGCCAGCAUCGCCUUCAUGCUGCUGCUGCUGCUGCUCAUACACUACCUGAGUCCUGUCAGCAGCUGGGGAUGUAUCAGCCAGGCCCUCAUAUUCCACCAGGUGCGUAAAUACCUGCUGAUGCUGGAUGUGCGUAAGGAUCAUGUGAAGUUCUGGAGGCCUCAGGUGCUGCUGAUGGUGUCGAACCCCAGGUCCAGCGUGGGAUUGAUCACUUUCAUCAACCACAUCAAGAAGAGUGGCCUGUAUGUGCUGGGACACGUGCAGCUCGGAGACCUGGACGUUCUGCCGUCUGAUCCUCUGCAGGCUCAGUAUGACUCCUGGUUGUCUCUGGUGGAUCAUCUGAAUAUUAAAGCGUUUGUUAAUCUCACGCUGGCCGACUCUAUCAGACAUGGAGUUCAACACCUGCUGUUCAUAUCAGGCCUCGGUGGAAUGAGACCCAAUACUCUUGUUCUGGGUUUCUAUGAUGACGCCUCGCCUCAGGACCAGCUCCAGGACUCCAGUCUGUCCAUGAGCAAAUUUUUGGACAAUUCCUCUCAAAACGAAGACCCAGAAGACCAAGACGAGCCGCCAUUUCAUUUCCCGCCAGUGCGAGGGGGCGUGGCUGUAGGCAGGGGUGCGGUUUGGGGCGGGAAAUCUCUCGGCCCUCAGGAAUACGUUUGCAUAAUCGCAGACGCAGUUAAAAUGCUGAAAAAUGUAGCAUUGGCGCGGUAUUUUGGUCAGUUCGAUCAUACACACGCUCUGCAGGGUCCGAUAUUUGUAGACGUUUGGCCGGUAAACCUCCUGCGUCCUGAUAGCGCUGCGUAUGUCGACACAUGCUCACUCUUUUUACUUCAACUCGCCUGCAUUCUCAACAUGACGAGGGCGUGGCAGAAAGCGAGACUCCGCCUCUUUUUAUGCGUGGAGGAGGGGCGGAGCCUAAAGGGGACUGAGCAGAAACUCGGACACCUGUUGAAGGAUCUCCGGAUGAAGGCGGACAUAUGUACGGUUCCCUGGGAUUCAGAAGUGGCGCUUCAUUGGCAACGGCAAACAAGAUUGGAUAGAAAUGAAAAAGAGGAGGAGCUGGAAAGCGAAGAAGGCGGGGUCGAGGCUGAUAAAUUCUUCUCAAACAGUUUUCCGAGUAACACCUCGCGAGUGUCGGAUGAGUAUUUACAGGCUGUCAAUAAGCUGAUCCUGGAGCAGAAGCUCCGCCCACCAGCUGUCCGCUUUCUAUAUUUGCCCCGCCCCCCUGCGGAUACGAGCCGAUACAGCGAUUAUCUGAAUCAGCUGGAGCUGCUGACCCGGGACCUGGGCCCAACGCUCUUGAUCCACGGGGUCACGCCAGUCAUCACCACUGACCUCUAAUGCUCCUGUUCACGAUUAUUCCUAAACAAAAGUUCCGGAAAAACAUACAUUUUCCUACAUUUUCAUUUUUUAUUGUUUCUAGCACUUCACAUGUUUACUUCGGAUGACGGUAUAGAUCAUGGAUUACCAUUCCUUCCCUUUCCAUUCCUGGACAUUCUUUUUGAGCUUUUCCUUUCUGAAUGUAACGAGUGAAUAUUCCCAAAUAUUGCCACC